AUGCCCAAAUUGGCGGAGCUCGAUGAUUACGAUCGAUGCUUGGAGGGGGCACCGGCCGGAGAUGUGGCCACAUACUGUUCGGUCAGAGUGGUCAUUGAACCCAAUAAUAGUUCGAAAAUAUGGCAUCUAAUUGAGAGUUUCUCCAGUGAUCACAAACGGCAUUACAACCACAAGCAUCUGUACCGAGGUAUUUGUAUGGCAAACUGCAAGCAGCUAGUCCUGAGCAUGACUAACAUGACAAAGAAUGCCUUAAAAGCGGACAAAUUUGAUACCGAUUUCCCGUAUGCUUUUGACGGGACGAUUUUCAGGGAUACCCCAGGUCAUAGGGAAAGAUAUGGCGAAAUGGUGAAUAUAUGUCUAAACCAUAGGCUUAAUCAAACUCACCAACUGAGAGCACAUACCGAGAUCGAAACAUGCACUAAGAACACUGACACCGUGGAAGUUGAUUGGUUGGAUAUGUCGUUUCUAGUAGUGUGUACCGUAAUUAUCUCGCUUACGAUAAUGUCCACGUAUUACGACAAAAGCAUUAAUCACAAGCAGGAUGUUGCCCACUAUAAACAGGACGUAGACAGCAAAAAAAAGAUGAUAUUCGUAUCGUUUUCAAUGCUCCGCAACUGGUACAGAUUGACAUCCCGGUCACAGGAACCGGUCGAUAAAGAUUUGCGUUUCCUGCAAGCCAUCCGUUUCCUUAGUAUGUUCCUCGUCAUAACGGGUCAUGCGGCUCUACUGUGCGCCGUCAUUCCGAGUCAGAAUAGUUAUCGCAUUGAAAUGAUGUACCAUGAUAUCAGUACAAUGAUACUCACCGGAGGAACCCAAAUAACUCAAACAUUCUUCGCUAUGAGUGGCUUUCUGCUAGCGAUCCACAUGAUAAGCUUCGCAAGUCGGCGUAAAGAGAAGCUUGGAGUAUCGAUGCUCCUGAAGACAACAAUGAUUCGAUACAUUCGUCUAACGCCCUUGUACGCAUUCGUGAUUCUGUUGCACGCAACCUGGUUAGCGAAACUUCAAGAUGGACCCUUCUGGAAGCUUGGUUCCGAACUUGAACGGACGAUGUGUCGGAGGAAUUGGUGGACAAAUCUUCUGUACAUAAACAAUUACGUCAAAGCGGAUCAACCUUGUAUGCAGCAAGGUUGGUACCUCGGUUGUGAUUAUCAGAUGUUUUUCAUCGGAAUUCUACUGGUUAUUAUGACCAAUAGAUAUCGAAAGCUGACGAUCCCUUUGUUCGUGUUAGCCGUGGUUGGGUCCUAUAUAUUACCAGCAUUGUUUAUCUACUACCAAAAACUAGAAGGGACGUUUAUUGUAACUCUCGAGGCACAGCGAUUCAUAUUCUGGUAUGAUGACAUCUACCUGAAGUCGUACAUUCCGCUGCAUAUCAACGCGGGCAACUAUUUGGCUGGUAUGGUAACGGGUUUAAUUUACCUAAGCCUGCGAAAAAAUAAUAUUGAUCCCUCCCAGAGCAAGUGGUUCCGCAUCCUGUGGAAGAUGGUCAUUCCGAUUGCAGUCUCAAGCCUUCUCGUGCACUACAUUUUCUACGUGAACGAUUAUGAGAAGCCUUCGGUUUGGAUGGCAGUUUACUUCACGAUCACGAAAAACUCUUGGGGAGUGUUCAGUUGCAUUUUCCUUUUGGGUCUCACUUUCCAGGUUGCUCCCGUUGUGAAGCGUAUUUUCGACCACAGGAUUUUUGAACCUUUGGGACGGAUCACUUACGCUGCCUAUCUGAGUCACACGUUCGUGAUGAGACUAUUCUUCCUGAGCAUACGCGAACCACUUCGUUUCAGCUACAUAGGCCUGACAAGCAUGAUUUUUUCGUCGGUGGUAUUUUCAUAUUUGAUGGCAACGUUCUUGUGUCUAUGCUUGGAAUUACCAGUGACUGCGCUGCAGAAAUUGAUCGUGGGCAAUUUUAGAGGUAUUACAUUUAGACCAAUAAACAAAACGUAG